AUCACAAAUCAAAUCAAACGACACCAAAUGUGACAAGUCAGCAUCGUUUGCGGGGACUGAAUUUGUAAUGUAUGUUAUAAAAAUUGACACAUUUUUAUAACUUUCGGGGUAUUGAAAACUUAAUAGAUUUUGCGAUAAAAAAAAAGAUGAUCCGUUAUCCCCGGUUGCCAUAUGCCUACCAUCAGAUGUGUGUGACGCAUUCUGGAUCUAGUGGGGGUCUAAUUACCUUGAAAUAUAAUCGAUGACAAACAUGGUGUCAAUGUUGCAAUAAAUGAUAAUAAAACAGAAAUAUCAGCUUACCAGUGUUAUAAAAAUAUGCAUCAUUAUCAACAUAUUUAUCAGAGUUAUUGUGUGUUGUUGACGUCUUGAUCUGUCUGGCGACAUUGCAAGGAGAUUCCAAGAACAAUAAAAGUGUUCGCCAGAUUGUAAAUAUCCAAUUUCAAGAAGUGGGCCCUCAGACCACACGCACAUGAACUAUGCGACGCCAAUGGCAACGGAGUUGAAAAUUGGAUGGCUUUAUGUGUUGACUGUACAUUUACCAAUCGAGAUCAGAGAAAGACAAUUGAUCAACACUAGGAUCGCAGUCUCGGGCCGUGCGUUAUUGGGGAGUCAAGAGUUUCACAAUUGGAAUAUUCUCCAGCUACAAAGAAAAUGGCGAUCGUUACGGGACGCGUACAACAGGGAGCUAAGGGCGCGGCGCACGGGCGUGCGGGUGAACCGGAGGGUAUACAAAUACUUCAAGAAGAUGAGUUUUUUGGGCGGGUUCACGGGAACGCUCAGCGAAGAAGAUGAAAUAAACGAUAUUCAGGCUGAGUAUCUGGGUGGCGAGGACCACGUGAACACGGACGAAGACGACACUCCCGUGCGGGAAAGAGAGAAAAAAGUCAAAUUGGAAAAGAGUAGGAAGAAGAAACGGACCCGACGACAGCCUGACUGCAUCCCCCCUCCGGAAGAACUUGAGAUGCCCAUGUUCCCUAUGGAAAUCACUAACGACUCUGAUAGUGACAGCGACAAGUUGUUUCUCCUCUCUUUCUUGCCAGAGAUGAGACAAUUGCCGGUCAAUAUCAAGAUGUGGGUGAGGGCGCAAGUCGCCAACAUCAUGCAGGAGGCGGUCGCCUGCCACUAUAACAAUACACAACCAGGGACCAACGAGAAAAAUGGACUAGACGUUAAAAUCAGGCAUGACAGUGAUUAGGCUUUGAAAGGGUUCUCCAUAAGGUUUGUUGUUGAUCUGGUCGAUUUUAAAUUUUAAAUUUAGAAUCACGAAAGUACAGGCCACAGCAUAUCAACCUAUCCAAAUUUAUUUCAAAUUCGAUGAUGCUAUUCGAUGAUGAUAUAUUACUGCGUUGAUAAGGACAACACGACAUGCGGUAGAGGUACAUAACAUAAUAUUUAUUUUCCUCUGAUGUUUUUGCUAAAACCAGUUUUAAUUACUUGUACAUAAUCUAUACCCGGGCAAAAAAGCCAUCUCGACUCGACCCAACAUCGACAAUAUUUUAGUUAUAAUAUUAAAAAAGUUUGUGAUAUAGUAACGCAAUAUGUAACGGUAGACAAUUAUGUUUGUUAUUAAGAUGCUAUGUAGUAGGUUAUAAAUUACUGUUAUUUUUUCAAAAUAAAUGUCUAUGAAAUAAAAGAUUAUUUUA